UGGCCCAAAGUGAUAAACUGAGCGGAAAAGCAGAACAAAUAGCCAAAGGGCACGUUUUGAUCUAAAAAUUCUCGGAAUUGUCUCUGUAUACAAUCUUUGCAUGGAAACUCUCCACUUUAGACCACAAAGCUUGCAGUCUUCAAGUACCCAAAUGAUGAACUCAGUUCUGUUUUCAAGAUUCAAGCCCAAAUUCUUGUUAAUUCAAUAUUCCAUAUCUAAUCUAAAACGCUUCUGCACAACAAGAAACCCACUAAUUCCAUUUAGUGGCUUAACAACAAGAAGUUGUAGCAGUAAUAGUGCUACUUCUUCAAGAAACAGUGUAAGGGUUAAAGAUAGUGAAGCAGAAGUUGCAAGACAACUGAAAGAGAACUGGUUACACUCUCUCUCUUGCCCUUUUAAUCAAACCGAGUCUUCUGCUUCUAAAGGAGUGGAUUCUACUGCACCGAGUAAUGUGGGUUCUAAUUGGGUCAUUGGCAUUGACCCGGAUCUUUCUGGUGCUCUUGCUCUUCUGAAAAUUGAUGAUUCUGGUUGUUCUGCCCAGGUUUUUGAUUCCCCUCACUUGAAAGUUUUAGUUGGCAAAAGAAUACGAAAGCGUUUAGAUGCUAAGUCUAUUGUUCAGUUGCUUCAUAGUUUUGAUGCUCCAUUAGGAACUACUGCAUACAUUGAGCAAUCAAUACCAUUUCCACAAGAUGGGAAGCAGGGAUGGUGGAGUGGAGGAUUUGGUUAUGGAUUAUGGAUUGGCAUAUUAGUGGCCUCUGGGUUCUCUGUAGUUCCAGUACCAUCUCUAGCAUGGAAGAAUGUAUUUGAACUCUCUGGAAGCAAGUUCUCAAAGAUGCUGGAUUUUGGCAGGAUGAUAGUCGCAAAGUUGCAUCAACAUUGUUUCCAUCAUUGAGUUCCUUACUGAAAAGGAAGAAGGAUCAUGGAAGAGCUGAGGCUUUAUUGAUUGCUGCAUAUGGCAAAGGCCUUAAGUUAAAGCCGGACACGCCAUGCGAUUUAGAGGAGUCGCCUUAAAUCCAGCAGAUCACUUGACCGCCCAUUUCUUCCUCAAGAUGCAGCUUACUCUGAUGCUGCAUGCUUAUCAUGGGGGAGAACCAUAGAAUGGGUUACAUGAUAAAGCAGUCAGAUGGAAAGCUGAAAAUAUCCUUUGCCCAUGAGAGUCAAUGCCCCUCACAUUCAUGGAGACACAAAUGAGGACACAGACACAUUCAUGGAGACACAAAUGAGGACACAGAGAAGAUUCUUGCAGAGUGAAUGUUCAUUCUUUUAUGAACAUGUAUUAAUUUGGUGGGAUUUUUUUCCCACUGUGAAUGUCCAAAAUAUCCACUAGGCUGGCAUCUCGGAACGAGUCUGGAAAAAUUGGAAUGGAGAUCUCCUCACCCUAAUGAAUAGGAGAUACUCCUCUUUUCAACACUAUUUUUCUUUUUUGGUUCGUCCAAAAUUAUAAAUUAUUUUUCAUUUUUAA